GGACGGGUGGGGCGAGGACUGGGCUGAGCAGCCGCCAAGGUUUUCCUGCCCCGGGGACGCUGGCUGCGCUCAGGAUCUACCUGGAGCCAUUUCCCCAAAAUCCAACUGUUAAACCUGCCCAGGAACAAGGAUGGGGCUCUCUCCCCAGCCUUCGUGUGUUGACUUGGGGAUGAUGUGGACCUGGGGACUGUGGACAUUUCCUCUGCUCUGCAAACUCAGCCUGGCAGCUCUGCCAGCUAAGCCGGAGAACAUUUCUUGCAUCUACUACUAUAGGAAAAAUUUAACUUGCACUUGGAGUCCAGGGAAGGAAACCAGUCAUACCCAGUACACAGUUAAGAGAACUUACUCUUAUGGAAGAAAAAGUGAAAAUUGUACAACCAAUAGUUCUACAAGUGAAAAUCGUGCUUCGUGCUCUUUUUUUCCUCCACGUGUAACAAACGUAGAUAAUUGCACCAUUGAAGUGGAAGCUCAAAAUGCAGAUGGUGUAAUUAAAUCUGAUAUGACAUAUUGGAACUUAGAUGCUAUAGCGAAAACCGAACCACCUGGGAUUCUCAGUGUGAAACCAGUUUUGGGUAUCAAACGAAUGAUUCAAAUAAAAUGGAAAAGGCCUGAGUUAGCACCUGUUUCAUCUGAUUUAAAAUACACACUUCGAUUCAGGACAGUCAAUAGUACCCGCUGGAUGAAAGUCAACUUCACUGAUAACUGUUCCAAUACAGACCAAACCUACAACCUCACAGGGCUGCAGGCUUUUACGGAAUAUGUCAUAGCUCUGCGAUGUGUGGCCGAGGAGUCAAGGUUCUGGAGCGCCUGGAGCCAGGAAGAAAUGGGAACAACUGAGGAGGAAGCUCCAUAUGGCCUGGAUCUGUGGAGAAUCUUGAGACCAGCUGAGGCAGAUGGAAGGAGGCCAGUGUGGUUGCUAUGGAAGAAUGCAAGAGGAGCCCCAGUCCUGGAGAAAACACUUGGCUACAGCAUAUGGUACUUUCCAGAAAACAACACUAAUCUCACAGAGGCAAUGAACACUACCAACCGGCAGCUUGAACUGCAUUUGGGAGGCGAGACCUAUUCGGUGUCUGUGAUGGCAUAUAAUUCUCUUGGCAAGUCUCAGGUAGCCACCCUGAGAAUUCCGGCUAUUCAUGAAAAGUCAUUUUGGUGCAUUGAGGUCGUGCAGGCCUGCCUUGCUCAGGACCAGCUGGUGGUGGAGUGGCAAAGCUCUGAUCCGGCGGUGGACACAUGGAUGGUUGAGUGGUUCCCAGAUUUGGACUCAGAGCCCUCUGCUGUUUCCUGGGAAUCUGUGUCUCAGGCCACGAACUGGACAAUCCAGCAAGAUAAAUUGAAACCUUUCUGGUGCUAUAACAUCUCUGUGUAUCCAGUGUUGCAAGACCGAGUGGGCGAGCCGUAUUCCAUUCAGGCUUAUGCCAAAGAGGGCGUUCCAACAGAAGGUCCUGUGACCAAGGUGGAGGACAUUGGUGUGAAGACAGUCACGAUCACAUGGAAAGAGAUUCCCAAGAGUCAGAGAAAUGGUAUCAUCAGUAACUAUACCAUAUUUUGCCAAGCUGAAGAUGGAAAAGAAUUCUCCAAGACAGUCAACUCCAGCAUGCUGCAGUAUGGCCUGGAGUCCCUGGCACGAAAGACCUCUUACACUGUUCAGGUCAUGGCCAGCACCAGUGCUGGGGGAGCCAACGGGACAACGAUAAAGUUCAAGACAUUGUCAAUCAGUGUCUUUGAGAUGUUCCUUAUAACCUCUCUGACUGGAGGAGGGCUUCUUAUUCUCAUCAUCCUGACGGUGGCAUAUAGUCUCAAAAAACCCAACAAAUUGACUCACCUGUGUUGGCCCAAUGUCCCCAAUCCUGCCGAAAGUAGUAUAGCCACAUGGCGUGGAGAUGAUUUGAAGGAUAAACUAAAUCUGAAGGAAUUUGAUGACUCUGUGAACCUGGAAGAAGAUAGGAUCCUAAAACCAUAUUCUACCCCCAGUGACCUUAUUGACAAGUUGGUGGUGAACUUUGAGAAUUUUCUGGAAGACGUUUCUAUAGAGGAAGCUGAAAAGAGUCAGGAAAACAUUUUGGGAGGGGAAAAGAAUGAGUACAUGAGCUCUCCCUACAGGCUUGACUCUCCCCCAGGGAAGAGUUUUGAGGAGUCCCUGGUUUCCACUGAGUUACCUCCCAGAAAAUCACAACACCUGUGUUUGAGAAUGCCAGACAUGACCUGCUCAGAAGCCAAAGAGCAACUUCUCUUUUCUGGUCCGAGUUUAGGGCCAGACCGUCUCUGUGAGGAAGGAGCAUCAAAUCCAUAUUUGAAAAAUUCAGUGACAACCAGAGAAUUUCUUGUGUCUGAAAGACUGCCAGAGCACACCAAGAGAAGUCUAAAUGCCACCGUGGCAUGAGACCCUUGGAGCCUCAGUGUGGACGACCCUUCCCUAGAGAAUAUACCAAGACUUGGCACAAAGUGCUUCCAUGGCCCCUCCCCACCGUCCCCCUGCCCCCGAGCUGCUAGCUGAGCAUGGCUGGCACACAUGUGAACUGGUGCUGGAAGAAGGAGGGAUGGGAAGAAGCCCCAGCGCUUUGUAGAGGAAAAGCAAUUUAUUUUCUUGUGUUCAGACAGCAGGCUGUCACCAAGGCCUCCUGACAGAUUGACUUGGAAGGACGAGCCCAGGUUCUGAACCCAAAGGAGUCCUGAGGUGGACAUACCUGGCUCCCCAGAAAUUGGGUGGUGGUCACAGCCUCUGCUGGGGCUCCUCCACAGAGUUCCAGGAGGGCCUUUGCCUGUCACCAGAGGAUGAUUGUUUAGUUGGUCCUUGGGUGGUCUGGUGGGAGCCUGGGCUCUGGGCUUCCCCUCUGAGGCAGCCCUGAAAUUUUACUCUCCCCACACAGAGGGGCCAGAAAUGGAGUGGACCUUCCUAAGGGUGUGCCUGAGGCUGCUCCUAAUGCUUGUUAAAUCUCAAGUGUCUGCAGCAGCACUGCACCCUGGACUCCUCACCCCAGUUUACAGCACAGUGACUGCUAACAAAUCAAGGAAGGAGGGAGGGUCUCAGAGGGGCCCCAGGGAGCGGACCCUGCCGGGUGCAGGUCUGCCAGUCUCCAGGCCACCUCCCAGCUCUGCUCCCCUCCCAUCUUGCCCCUGAGCCUGGGAGUAGAAAGGCCCCAGACGUGGCAGUGGCUGUUGUACAGAGACUCUGGCCCCUCACGCUGGCUCAGGGCCCAGGAAUGCUUACUGAGCGUACCCUUAAGAGGCCUCUUCCCAGAAGUAGCUGAGCAGGCCUGGGAACAUGCAGUGUUUAGCAACUUUGCUUCUCCAACACAAGGAUUCCUGCUCCUUUGCUUCAGCUAAGCCCGAAGCUCGUGACAGUGGAGCCUUUUGAGCACGUGCCGAUUGCAGGAGUCAGCCACGGAGACCUGGGGUGCAGCUGGCUCUGGGCUCCUACGGUGACCACAUCCACGGCGUCAGCACUGGCGGAGGUCACUGGGCGCCAGGGGGGAGAUCAGGGGCAGGCGAGGUGACGAGUGAGCGGCCCGAGGUGCAAUGACCCAGCAUUUGCCUGCCAGGAAGACUGAUGGUAUUUUUUCUAGGAGAAUUACAGAAGUCAGUACUUGUGUCCCAGGCAUGAACUUUCACAAGCCACCAACUCAGUUGUGCAAAACAUCACUUUAUUUUCCUAUAAACAAAAUUAAUUUCUAGCCCAAAACCCUGACACUUGGAAGUAACCUCAGCCCAGUUUGGUGAUUUUGGGGUUGCUUCGGGUUUAUAACUCAGUCCCAUUUGGGACUUUGACCUCCCCUGUCCUACCUGGAACUGGUUCUGAGGCCAGAGGACGUUCAAUGGUGUGGCAUUCGUGGGGCAGAGCCAGCCACUCAGUGGAGUCCUCUGGCAUCCUGUGUUCAUUCAGCCAUGGGUUUGUCACUGGUCUCGUGUAUGUGCCUUGGCCCUACCUGUCCCUGUUGGGUCACCUGUCACUCGUCUAAGCCCAUUGCCGCCUCCUAACUGUGGGCACAGGAAGGUGUGGCUGCUGUCCCGAAGCUCCUUCCUCAUUACAUCUAAAUGAGGGUCGGUCCUCACUAAAUUUCAAGUGGCUUCACCCCUGCCCCCACUCGUCAGCCCUGGUUUACAGGAUGGUGACUGCAGAUACCUCAAGGAAUGAGGGAGACCUGAGGCAGGGCACUGGGGAACGGACCUAGGUCAGCCCUCCUGUCCCUUUGUCCUGCACCCAAUCCUGGGUGUAGAAAGGGACCAAACCGAAGGCUGCCCUGAUCCCUACUCUCCCGCUGCCUCCGUGUGCUGGGCACGUCUGUGAGCCUGCUGUCCUAGAGUUCCAGACGGGGCCCUGUCCACCUUUGGAUUUGGGAACUUAUGGGGAGGUUCUAGCUUUGCCUCCUGUCUUGGCCCAAGGACGGGGGAGGCACAGGUACCCCAACAACUGUUCUCUCUCCCUGUUGGCCCUCUGCCCACCUCCAGCUGGGGGGACCUUCUCACGUCCUAUGGGAGGUGAGGGAGAGGAGAGAACCUGGAAUGAGUCCUCCCUGAUUGUCCGUCUCACACCUGGAUGAGGCUGGAGAACCUAAAACCCAAGAAUUCAAUGGCUGGAGAUGGAGAAAGGGUCCCGACUGUCUCCCGUGAAUGUGUUGCCCCCCAGCCCCCAUCAUGGAAGCGGGAAUGUCUUUUGUGUUUAGCUGAGGGACGAACGCCCCCUCGCCCCUCCUGUGCCAUUUCUCCUCCUUCUCUCCCUUCCCUCUUUUCUCUGUCUUCUGCAUCUCUUUCUGCUCAUUUUUUAACUCUUCCUUUUAUUUCUUGUUUCUUUUCAUUCCUUUCUCCCCCGGCCAUUGGCCUCCUUUGAUCAUUUUCCAUAUUUACUUUUGCUGACUUAGAGGGGUGGGAAGAUGACGCUCUCUGUUCUGUUCCAGAUGGGCCCGAGGUGGCUUCGCAGGAGCCGUGUUUCCUGCCAGCCAGAGGAGCAGCUCCCAGGAGCCCCGCAGCCCAUGGGGGCCUCACCCCUGGCCCUCCAGGGCAGGCUCACGGGACACAGGGCUCUGUCCCCACCCCCAGUCCCCACUCCCGAGCCCCAGGCUGCCCCUGUGGCUGGGGAAGGCCACCUGUAUUUUCUGUUUACUGUCAGAGACCCUGUGAGAACACAAACAGGAAGCCUUGUGUUUAGCAGGGUCAUUAAAAAUAGAUAAAAUGUCCAUGAAAGAGUUUUCUGAGGCUCUGGGAACCAUGUAAACAACUAGGUUAGUGCCCUAUUAGUGGCCUUUCUUUUACAAUAAUAGCAGCAAACUUUAAAAGAAUGGCAGAGAAGCCAAUCUGUGGUUUUAAAAAAACCUUUCCUUCUGGUGUCUUAGGCGGCAGCAGAGUGAAAACACUGUGGGGGGGGGGGAUUGGAGAAGGCGGCAGGUGGGACAGGGGAGGCCUCCAGCCUGGAUCCCCUGGGGCUCCCUGCGCUCCUCCCUGUGUGCCGGGCAAGCCUGUGCUGGUCGCCAGACCCCCCAGUCUGAUUCCGGCCCCCCCUAGUUGCUGCUGCUGCUGCCUGUGGGCCAAAUGCGGGCUGUGAGCUACAAGCGAUAUUGACAUUUUUAAAUGGUUGAAAACAAAAUCAAAGGAAGAAUAACAUUUUGUGAUUUCAGUGUCCACAAACAAAGCCUAAUUAGAACCCAGCCAUGCCCGCUAUUUAUGUAUCAUCUAUGGCUGCUUGCCCCCCACCCCCACAAGGCUGAGGAGCUGCAACUGGGAGAGUUUGUCCCACAAAGCCUAAAAUGUUCACCAUUUGGCCCUUUGCAGAAAAGUUUAUGGCCACCUGCUGUAGCCCACAGACGGGAGGCUCAGGCCGCACUAUGUUUUAACUUUGAAUUUGCUGCUAAUUAAAAACAAACAGGAUAUGUCAUUCUGGAAUUCCCCAACGGAAUACUGCCCUCUUUAGAAGAACACCCACUCUCCGGCCCCCACAGCCCUCCUAAGGUCCCGUCCCCUUCGCAUAGUCAAGGUGGAGAGCUGGGGGCUGUUUAUCGCUUACGCCAGUAGUUUUCAACCACGGUGACUUUGCUUCCCAUCCCACAAGCCACAGAUGUUUGGCAAAUGUCUAGAGAUAGUUUUGAUUGUCAGAACUGGGAAGGUGCUACUGGCAUCUAGUGGGUAAAGGCUGGCAAUGCCGCUGUCAUCCUACAGUGCACAGGACAGCAGCCCUCACAGCAAAGAACUGUCUGCCUGAAAAUGUCAGCAGGACUGAGGCUGAGAAAUCCCUCCCUGAACUAACCUCUGCCCACCGCGUUUGCACGGGUGAGACUCAGCAUCUGUAGAUGACUCCAGGUGUCUCUCUCUCUUUUUUUUAAAUUUACAAUUUGUUUGGGGCUCAACUUUACAACAACAAUCCCAAGAGCUCUAAAUACCAAUUAUUUAUACCAUUCUUAAUUCACUCUCGAUAUGAGCUCUGUGUACCUAUAUACUUUCUCACCUAAUUCCAAGUCAUACGUUGACUACAUUGUGUUCUGUCUUUACUUUCAAUUAUUUCAUAUAUAAAAUUCUUGCAGGAAAACGGCAUUUUGAAUGGCCAUACAGAACACAGUGUGCCUCUAUUGCGUGGUUUGCUAAGGCCUCCCAAUACUCCCUUCGGAUUGUGCACAAAACAUCUUUGUAUAAAAUUUUAUUUUCUCACCUUUGUCCUAUCUGCUUGGGGCUGUUUCCAAAAGGGGAAUUGCUGGGUUAAAGUUUCCUGGUUAUUCUCACAUAUUGCAUGACUGCAUCCCAAAAAAGGCUAUCUGAUUUAUAACAUCAUCAGAGAUCUAUGAGGGAUCCUUUGCCCUUUUCCACUGAUAAUCAGCUGUUUACUACUAUAAACUCGAUUUUGUCAGUUUAUUGGGAAUAGUUAAUAAAACCUUGUAGUUAUUUGUGUCGCUCUAAUCCUUGUGAAGCUAAACUUUUGCCCUCUGUAUUUUACGAUCUCCAUUUCCCUUAUGUUACAGAACCUUCU